GCGGGGCUCAGGGGAACUGGCCCCCAGGCUCGGAGGACCGAGAGACCGGCAGGUUGGCCCGCGGGCUGCCUUCCCGAGCCACGGAGGCCAGAAUGGGCCGGAAGGUGACCGUGGCCACGUGUGCGCUCAACCAGUGGGCCCUGGACUUCGAGGGCAAUUUGCAAAGGAUUUUAAAGAGUAUUGAAAUUGCCAAAAACAAAGGAGCAAGGUACAGGCUUGGACCAGAACUGGAAAUAUGUGGCUACGGCUGCUGGGAUCACUAUUACGAGUCAGACACGCUGUUACAUUCGCUUCAGGUCCUGGCAGCCCUUUUGGAAUCUCCAGUCACUCAGGAUAUCAUCUGUGACGUGGGCAUGCCCGUGAUGCACAGGAAUGUCCGCUACAACUGCAGGGUGAUCUUUCUCAAUAGGAGGGUCCUGCUCAUCCGGCCCAAGAUGGCCUUGGCGAAUGAAGGCAACUACCGGGAGCUGCGCUGGUUCAGCCCCUGGUCCAGGAGUCGGCAAGUGGAAGAGUACUUUCUUCCUCGGAUGAUACAGGACCUGACAAACCAGGAGACUGUCCCCUUUGGGGACGCUGUGCUGGCCACCCGGGACACCUGCAUCGGGAGCGAGAUCUGCGAGGAGCUGUGGACACCCCACAGCCCCCACGUGGACAUGGGCCUGGAUGGUGUAGAGAUCUUCACCAACGCCUCAGGCAGCCACCACGUGCUACGCAAAGCCCACGCCAGGGUGGACCUGGUGUCCAUGGCCACCACCAAGAGCGGUGGCAUCUACCUGCUGGCCAACCAGAAGGGCUGCGACGGGGACCGCCUCUACUAUGAUGGUUGUGCCACCAUUGCGAUGAAUGGCAGCAUCUUCGCCCAGGGCUCCCAGUUCUCCCUGGAUGACGUGGAAGUCCUCACGGCCACCCUGGACUUGGAGGAUGUCCGGAGCUACAGGGCAGAGAUCUCCUCGCGCAGUCUGGCGGCCAGCCGAGUGGACCCCUACCCUCGAGUGAAGGUGGACUUUGCCCUCUCAAGCCAGGACGACCUGCUGCUGCCACUCUCUGAGCCCAUCGAGUGGAAGUACCACAGCCCCGCAGAGGAGAUAAGCCUUGGACCCGCAUGCUGGCUCUGGGAUUUUUUAAGACGUAGCCAACAGGCAGGGUUCUUCCUGCCCCUGAGCGGCGGGGUGGACAGCGCGGCCACCGCCUGCCUUGUGUUCUCCAUGUGCUACCUGGUCUGCGAGGCUGUCAGGAACGGAAAUCGGCAAGUGCUGGCUGACGUCCGGAACAUCGUUGGCCAGGCCACUUACACCCCACAGGACCCCCGAGACCUCUGUGGACGGCUGCUGACCACCUGCUACAUGGCCAGUGAGAACUCCUCCCAGGAGACGUGCGAGAGGGCCAGGGCCUUGGCCCAACAGAUAGGAAGCCACCACAUCGGCCUCAGCAUAGACCCUGCAGUGAAGGCUGUCGUGGGCAUCUUCAGCCUGGUGACGGGGAAACACCCCCUGUUUGCAGUGCACGGGGGAAGCAGCAGGGAGAACCUGGCUCUUCAGAACGUGCAGGCUCGAAUCAGGAUGGUGCUCGCCUACCUGUUUGCCCAGCUGAGCCUCUGGUCCCGGGGCGUCCGUGGGGGACUCCUCGUGCUUGGAUCUGCCAACGUGGACGAGAGCCUCCUCGGCUACCUGACCAAGUACGACUGCUCCAGCGCGGACAUCAACCCCAUCGGCGGCAUCAGCAAGACGGACCUCCGAGCCUUCGUGCAGCUGUGCGUCCAGCGCUUCCAGCUGCCCGCCCUGUGCCGCAUCCUGUCUGCCCCGGCCACCGCAGAGUUGGAGCCCUUGGCUGACGGACAGGUGUCCCAGACUGACGAGGAAGACAUGGGGAUGACGUACGCGGAACUCUCUGUCUACGGGAGGCUCCGGAAGAUAGCCAAGAUGGGGCCCUACAGCAUGUUCUGCAAACUGGUCAACAUGUGGAGAGACAGCUGCACCCCACGGCAGGUGGCUGAAAAGGUGAAGCAGUUUUUCUCCAAGUAUUCGACGAACAGACACAAAAUGACCACGCUCACCCCGGCCUACCACGCAGAAAGCUAUAGCCCGGAUGACAACAGGUUUGACCUGCGGCCGUUUCUGUACAACACUGGCUGGCCGUGGCAGUUCCGGUGCAUAGAGAGACAGGUUCUACAGCUCGAGGGGAGCGGGCAGCAGGACCUCGACAGCGUGGACUGAGGCCGGUUCCUGCCCGGGAGGGUCCUGGAUGCUCCGUGGGCACCACUGGUGGCCAAGAGUGUAUGCCCCCUGCCAGGGAAUGGUGACAAACUGUUCUCGUUUAACCCUUCGAGUGAGCAGAGCCUUCCAUUCUGGUUUCUUUAAAAGGCUAAAAUAAA